AUGGCGCGCUCCUCCCUCUUCCCCUCGCCCUUGGCGCGCUCCCCGUUGCCUCCCUUGUCCUUCUUUGCUUUCCCUGCUUCUCUUGCUUCUUCACGCUCUCUUCUAGCCACCAGCUUCGCUUCCCCUCCAGCCUCUCUCGCGGGUUGCUACCCUCGCGCUGUCCCCCCCACUUCCCUCAAAGUGCUGCUCUCCCACUGCUCUCUCUCCUCUGAUUGCUUUCUCGUCUCGUUGCUUGUGUUUGCUCCCUCUACUGCCUGCGGCCGUUCUCUCGUGCCCCCUCUGCUGUUCUCCCGCCUUCUCGUUGCUACUCCCCCUGCCUAG